GCAACCAUGAAUGAAGAAAAUAUAGACGGAACAAAUGGAUGCAGUAAAGUCCGAACUGGUACUCAGAAUGAAGCAGCAUUACUUGCUUUGAUGGAAAAGACUGGUUACAACAUGGUUCAAGAAAAUGGGCAACGGAAAUUUGGUGGUCCUCCUCCAGGUUGGGAAGGUCCACCUCCACCUAGAGGCUGUGAAGUUUUUGUAGGAAAAAUACCUCGUGAUAUGUAUGAAGAUGAGUUAGUUCCUGUAUUUGAAAGAGCUGGGAAGAUAUAUGAAUUUCGACUUAUGAUGGAAUUUAGUGGUGAAAAUCGAGGUUAUGCUUUUGUGAUGUACACUACAAAAGAAGAAGCCCAGUUAGCCAUCAGAAUUCUUAAUAAUUAUGAGAUUCGACCAGGAAAGUUUAUUGGUGUGUGUGUAAGCUUGGAUAAUUGCAGAUUAUUUAUUGGCGCUAUUCCCAAGGAAAAGAAGAAAGAAGAAAUUUUGGAUGAAAUGAAGAAAGUUACAGAAGGAGUUGUAGAUGUCAUUGUUUAUCCAAGUGCAACUGAUAAGACUAAAAAUCGUGGUUUUGCAUUUGUUGAAUAUGAAUCUCACAGAGCUGCCGCUAUGGCCCGGAGAAAACUAAUUCCAGGAACAUUCCAACUGUGGGGCCAUACCAUUCAAGUAGAUUGGGCUGACCCAGAGAAAGAGGUUGAUGAGGAAACCAUGCAGAGAGUUAAAGUUCUCUAUGUUAGAAAUUUAAUGAUCUCAACUGCAGAGGAAACAAUUAAAGCAGAAUUCAAUAAAUUCAAACCUGGUGCAGUUGAAAGAGUAAAGAAACUUAGAGAUUACGCUUUUGUUCACUUUUUCAACCGAGAAGAUGCAGUGGCUGCUAUGUCUGUUAUGAAUGGGAAGUGCAUUGAUGGAGCAAGUAUUGAGGUGACACUGGCAAAACCAGUAAAUAAAGAAAACACCUGGAAACAGCACCUUAAUGGUCAGAUUAGCCCCAACUCUGAAAACUUGAUUGUGUUUGCUAACAAAGAGGAAAGCCAUCCGAAAACUCUAGGCAAGCAACCAGCUCUUCCAGCUCGUCUCAAUGGUCAGCAUAGCCCAGGCCCCCCUGAAAUUGAUAGAUGCACUUACCCAUUUUUUCCUGGAACAAAGCUUACUCCAAUUAGUAUGUAUUCUUUAAAAUCAAAUCAUUUCAAUUCUGCAGUAAUGCACUUGGAUUAUUACUGCAACAAAAAUAAUUGGGCACCACCAGAAUAUUACUUAUAUUCAACAACAAGUCAAGAUGGGAAAGUACUCUUGGUGUAUAAAAUUGUUAUUCCUGCUAUUGCAAACGGAGCCCAGAGUUACUUCAUGCCAGACAAACUCUGUACUACAUUAGAAGAUGCAAAGGAACUGGCGGCUCAGUUUACGUUACUUCAUUUGGACUACAGUUUCCGUCGCAGCUCAGUAAAUAGUCUUUCCCCUGUUAAUGCUACUCUCUCUUCUGGGAUUCCCAGCGUGCUUCCUUACACUUCACGGCCUUACUCUUAUCCGAGCUAUCCCUUGUCACCAACACUAUCACUUGCUAAUGGCAGCCAUGUCGGACAGCGACUGUAUAUCUCCAAUCAGGCCUCAUUCUUCUGAAGAAAAUACUGUAAACAUGAGUAUAAAAAUUUCUUUGUAAAAGCAUGCUGAUGAAAAUACUGUUUUAUUUUAGAAUUGGGUUUGCACAUUUGGUUUUAAAAUUAUAAAUAUAUAUUUCAACAUAGUGAAAUAAACAUCAGCCAUGAUUCAGAAUAACCCAAGUUGUAGAACUUGUAAAAAUAAGUUAAAAAAGUUACUCUGUGGUUUCUCUUGAUAAAGGUAUAACUACUAUUCUUUUUAAACUUUGGGAACCUUAAAUACCUCUAAUUCCUGAGUGAGCUGUAAAAACCAGGAGUUUAUGUUAAAUGUUUGCAUAGUAAGUUUGCUACAUAGCAUUUCUUAAUAGUAAAGCACUUGCAGACAAUGGUUAUACUGGACUUGAUUGCCAAGGAUCACUAUCUGUGUUAGAGAUUGGAACAGUUAUAUAACCAGAAGCAUCCAACUAUUAUGUAGAAAGAAAUGAAGGGCAAAAUGAU